CAAUUGAUUCGAAUUCAACGGUCAAAGCCAAGUGUGACCGUAUGUGAGUAACAUAAAAAUACCACGAGAGCAACAGCGCGAUAACCAACAAUCGAGAGCGGAGAGAGAGAGAGAGAGAGAGCGCGCCAGCGAGAAAAGCGUGAUAACCAACGCUCUCUGAUCAAAAGCAACAGCAAAACAAAAAGAAAUAACAACAACAACCACAGUAACAAUAAAGAGAAACAGCAACAAGAUGAGCAACAAUAAACCGGCCGUCAAAAUGUACAACGAUCAACAGGUGAUGUUAGUUAACGGGAGUGCGCUGAACAGUAAAGACGUCGUCGUCGAGCGGCAGCAAAGAAAUCCAGCUGUAGCAAAUAAUAUUAACAAGAGUAAUAAUAGUAGAGCCCAACAGAUCAGUGGCGGUGCGGUUGUUCCUGUUGGCGAGUUAUUAGUGCAAAACGCGAAUUAUACAAACGGAAGCGGUCAAACGACACAGGCGACAAUAUAUUUAAAUCACAGCAACAACAACAACAACAUAAGAAAGAACCCGCCAAAUUUGCAGUCAAACAAUAACGCGUGUGUUUAUAGCAAUAACAACAACAACAACAACAACAACGGGAACGGGAAUAGCAACAACUGCAGCAAUUUAAGUUUCUACGCACAGCAGCCAGCAACAAAUUACAACGAUAACUACAAUAACAACUACGAGCCGGCGUUUUAUCAACAAGUGCAGUCGGAACAAUACGAGGAGAACUUCGACGAAGACAUGGAGGCUGAACGUGAUCUUGCCGAGGAUGCGCAAUGGAAGAAAAUCCAACAGAAUACCUUUACACGCUGGGCCAAUGAGCACUUGAAGACCAUUGAUCGCUCCAUCAACAAUCUGGAAACGGAUCUCUCCGAUGGUCUGCGUUUAAUAGCGCUCAUCGAGGUGCUGUCCCAGAAACGUUUGCCCAAACAUAAUAAACGCCCAACAUUCCGCAGCCAGAAAUUGGAGAAUGUCUCAGUUGCGCUGAAAUUCCUGCAAGAUGAGGGCAUUAAAAUUGUUAAUAUUGACUCUUCGGAUAUUGUGGACUGCAAGCUGAAGCUGAUACUGGGCCUUAUAUGGACGCUCAUUCUGCACUACUCGAUAUCGAUGCCCAUGUGGGAUGGCGAGGAUGAGAAGCAACUGAAUGGCUCGGGCCCGACGCCCAAGCAGCGCUUGCUGAAUUGGAUACACGCCAGAAUACCCGAUAUGCCCAUUAAUAACUUCACCAAUGAUUGGACCACAGGCAAAGCUGUUGGCGCUUUGGUCGAUGCCUGCGCGCCAGGUCUUUGCCCCGACUGGGAGCUGUGGGAUCCCAAGGAUGCUGUGCAGAACGCCUCCGAGGCUAUGGGUCUAGCUGAUGAUUGGCUCAAUGUGCGUCAGCUGAUCAAGCCCGAGGAGCUGGUCAAUCCCAAUGUGGAUGAGCAGUCCAUGAUGACGUAUCUAUCGCAAUAUCCCAAUUCCAAGUUGAAGUCUGGCGCUCCACUGCGUCCCAAAACAAAUCCCAAUAGCAUUCCUCCGCCGCGAGUGCGUGCUUAUGGUCCCGGCAUUGAGCCCAUUGGUCCAGUUGUGGGUGCACCUGCCAACUUUACUGUUGAAACUUUCUCAGCGGGCAAGGGUGUUGUUGAUGUGCAGAUUGAGGGACCCAAUGGCGUUGUGGAAAAGGCUGAUGUGCGUUUCAACAACGACAAGAACUUGACCUAUACCAUUUCGUAUAUACCUAAAGCUGAGGGUUUGCAUAAGGUGACUGUGCUGUACUCGGGUCGUGAUAUACCCAAGUCGCCGUUCCCUGUUAAGGUUGAGGGACAUGCUGGCGAUGCUUCGAAGGUCAAGGUUACCGGUCCUGGCAUACAGCCCAGCGGUGUGACCAUUAAGAAGGGCACAUUCUUUGAUAUACUCACCAAGGAUGCGGGUCGUGGUGUACCCGAGGUUAUCAUUAUUGAUCCAGCCAAUCACAAGACUUCGGUGGCUGCCAAGGUGCGUCAGCUGGAGGAGGAUACUUGGCGUUGUGAAUAUAUGACAGCCAUGCAGGGUUUGCAUUCGGUGAAUGUUUUCUAUGCCGGCACGCCCAUACCCAACAGUCCGUUCCCAGUGAAGGUGGCGCCGCUGUCGGAUGCACGCAAGGUGCGCGUAUCUGGACGUGGCCUGCAGGCAACGGGCGUGCGCGUGGGUGAUGAUGCGGACUUUAAGAUACACACCGAGGGCGCCGGCGAGGGUGUGCCCGAUGUGCGCGUCAUUGGUCCCGGCGGCAUGAAUCAGAAUGUAAUGCAGUCCAAGAUUGAUGGCAACACCUAUGAGUGCCACUAUUAUCCCACUAAAGAGGGACGCUAUGUGGUUAUGGUGACGUACAGCGGGCAGGAGGUGCCCAAGUCGCCGAUUGAGGUGAAAGUGGGUCCCAAGAAGGAAUCUUCGAUAGUUGCUUAUGGUCCAGGUUUGAGCAGCGGUGUCAUUGGCUAUCCCGCUGCAUUUGUAGUCGAGACCAAUGGAGAAACCGGCGCACUGGGCUUCACUGUGGCCGGUCCCUCGCAGGCGGAGAUUGAAUGCCAUGACAAUGGCGAUGGCUCCGCUUUGGUCAAGUAUCAUCCCACAGCGGUGGGCGAGUAUGCUGUGCAUAUACUGUGCGACAAUGAGGAUAUACCCAAGUCGCCAUUCAUAGCGCAAAUAUUGCCACGCACUGACUUCCAUCCUGAGCUGGUUAAGGCAAGCGGUCCGGGAUUGGAGAAAAAUGGCGUUACCAUAAAUCAAAUGACCAGCUUUGAUGUAGACACCAGCAAGGCGGGCAAUGCGCCGCUCGAUGUGGUGGUGCAGGAUGUUUAUGGCAACAAGUUGCCAGUGCAGCUCAAGAGCAAUCCAGAUGGCACCAAGAAGAUCAGCUAUACGCCCACAUCAGGAGUGCCGCAUACAGUGGAAGUUAACUAUGGCGGCGUCUCCACACCCAACUCGCCGCAUCGCAUCUAUGUGGGCGUGCCUGUGGAUGCAAGCAAAGUGCAGGCGUUUGGUCCUUGGCUGCAGCCUGGCGUGCGACCCAAUGCGCCCACGCACUUCAAUGUGGAUGCGCGUGAGGCUGGCGAUGCCGAGCUGAAGGUUAAGGUGGUGCAUGAGGAGACCAAGCUGGAUGUGCCUUGCCGCAUCAUCGACAACGAGGACAGCACUUACUCCGUCGAAGUCAUUCCACCCAUGAAGGGCGCCUAUACCACAACCAUGACCUAUGGCGGACAGCGCGUGCCUCUGGGACAGAAAGUGGUGGUGGAGCAGACAGUGGAUGUGUCCAAGAUCAAAGUGGAUGGACUGGAGCCCACCGCACCACUCAACAGUUUGCAGCAGUUUCGCAUUAUUACGCACGGACUGCCCAAGGCGGACUUGGCGGUGACCAUUACCAGUCCAUCGGGUAAUCGCGUGAAGGCUCAUAUUAUACCCACUGCCGAGGGAUUUCUGGUGAACUUUACGCCCACACAGCUGGGCGAGUAUUUGCUCAGCAUUUGCUUUGGCGGCACGCCUAUAACGCCACGCCCCUUCCGCCUGCAGUGUCUAACAGGCAGCGAUUCCAACAAGGUGCAUGCCUAUGGACCGGGACUGGAGCGCGGCAUUGUUGGGCAGCCAGCGGAAUUUAUGAUCGAUACACGUGGCGCGGGCCAAGGCGGCUUGGGCGUCACCGUCGAGGGUCCCUGCGAGGCUGCGAUCAAUUGCCGCGACAACGGCGACGGCACCUGCAAUGUGGCCUAUCUGCCCACCGAGGCCGGCGACUAUAGCGUCAAUAUAACCUUCAAUGAGCGCCACAUACAGGGCUCGCCCUUUCAGCCGCUGAUUGUGCCGCUGCCCAAUCUGAAGAAUACGCGCGUCAGCGGCAUUGGCAUACAGCCGCAUGGUGUUAUAAUGAACGCUGCUACGGACUUUACUGUGGACAUGAGCAAAGUGGGCAGCAACAUUGACAGCGGCAAAUUAUCCUGCGCUAUCUUUGAUCCCAUGGGCCAUGUGCUGCCCAAUAAGAUGAUGGGCCCCACUGAUGAUAUAUUCCGCAUUAUGUACACGCCCUUUGAGGCAGGUCGUCAUACCAUUGAGCUAAUGUACGACAACAUACCCGUGCCUGGCUCACCCUUUGUGGUGAAUGUAAAGAGCGGCUGCGAUCCAACGCGCUGCAAGGCCUAUGGACCUGGUUUGGAGAAGGGUUUGACCAAUCAGAAGAACAAGUUUACAGUGGAAACCAAGGGCGCUGGCAAUGGCGGCUUGUCGCUUGCUAUUGAAGGCCCCUCUGAGGCUAAGAUGACAUGCACGGAUAAUCGCGAUGGCAGCUGCGAUGUGGACUACUUGGCUACAGAUCCGGGAGAGUAUGACAUAACCAUACGCUUUGCUGAUAAGCAUAUACCCGGUUCGCCAUUCCGCGUGCUGGUGGAGGAAACUGUGGAUCCCAGCAAGGUGAAAGUUUAUGGUCCAGGCAUUGAGCAUGGUCAAGUGCGUGAGGGCGUGCCCACGCUAUUCAAUGUGGAUGUGGGCGAGGCUGGUCCUGGCCGCAUUGCUGUUAAGCUCACCAACUCCGAGGGCAUACCCGUGGACAAUCUGAGCGUCGAGGACAAAGGCAAUUGCAUUUAUGCUGUGCACUAUGUGCCGCCCAAGGCGGGCUCAGUGCUUACCUGCCAGGUUAAGUUUGCGGAUGUUGAAGUGCCCUGCAGUCCAUUUGUCAUGACUGUUUUCCCCAAAUCCGAAGCCACCAAGGUGCGCGUCAAGGGCGUCAAUGAGAAGAAGAAAACGCCCGCAUCGCUGCCAGCUGAGUUUGAAAUCGAUACAAAGCAAGCGGGUCAGGCUGACAUUAAUGUGGCCAUCAAGAAUCCCAAGGGCAAGCCCAUGCAGCCGCGUCUGGAGGAAGUAGCCAGCGGCACCUAUGUGGUGUCCUUUGUGCCCGAUGAGUGCGGCACAUAUCAGUGCAGCAUUAAGUAUGGCGACAAGGAAAUCGACGGCUCGCCCUUCAAACUCGAAGCAUUCCCCACGGGCGAGGCCAAGAAAUGCAAAUUGGUAGAGCAAGUGCCCAAGAUUCUCCCCUCAGGCAGUCAGUCACACUUGAAGGUGGAUGCACGUGAAGCGGGCGAUGGUGCAGUUACCUGUAAAAUAACCAACAAGGAGGGCAGUGAAAUUGUGGACAUUGAUGUUAUUGAAAAGGAUGGCGUCUUUGAUAUACUGUAUGCACUAAAUGAUCCUGGAGAUUAUGAUAUCAACGUCAAGUUCGGCGGCAAGGAUAUACCCAAUGGCAGCUUCUCCAUUAAGGCUGUCGAAAGUAUCGAACAAUAUUCGCAUAGUGAAUACGUUGAGGAGCAUACAACCAAAGUAAUACAGCAAACGACAAAGAGCGAGCUAGUUAACGGCAAAUCUGAGGUUAGCUAUCGUAGUGUUGCCUUCGAGAAAUUACCUUUGCCCACUACAGGCGGCAACGUCACUGCUGAAGUAAAGAUGCCGAGCGGUAAGAUAGACAAGCCCAUUAUUCAGGACAAUCGUGAUGGAACGGUCUCCGUUAAGUACGAUCCACGCGAGGAGGGCUCCCAUGAGCUGACUGUUAAAUACAAUGGCGAACCAGUGCAGGGUUCACCCUUUAGAUUCCAUGUGGAUUCAAUUACAUCUGGCUAUGUGACUGCCUAUGGUCCUGGCCUAACGCAUGGCGUUACUGGCGAGCCUGCAAACUUUACCAUCUCCACCAAGGGCGCCAGCGCUGGUGGCCUUACCAUGGCCGUCGAAGGACCCAGCAAAGCUGAUAUCAAGUAUCAUGACAACAAAGACGGCACUGUCUCAGUGCAAUACCUGCCCACUGCACCUGGCGAGUACCAAGUGUCUGUGCGCUUUGGUGACAAGCACAUCAAGGGCUCGCCCUACUUUGCCAAGAUUACGGGCGAGGGACGCAAGCGCAAUCAGAUUUCGGUUGGCUCUUGCUCGGAGGUCACCAUGCCCGGCGACAUUACCGACGAUGAUUUGCGCGCGCUGAACGCUUCCAUACAGGCGCCCAGUGGACUGGAGGAGCCUUGCUUCCUGAAGCGCAUGCCCACAGGCAACAUUGGCAUUUCGUUUACGCCGCGCGAGAUUGGCGAGCACAUGGUGUCGGUGAAGCGCAUGGGCAAGCACAUCAACAACUCGCCCUUCAAGGUGACGGUGUGCGAGCGUGAGGUGGGCGAUGCCAAGAAGGUUAAGGUCAGCGGCGCUGGCUUGAAGGAGGGCCAAACGCAUAGCGACAAUAUAUUCUCUGUGGAUACGCGCAACGCUGGCUUUGGUGGUCUCUCGGUGUCCAUUGAGGGCCCCAGCAAGGCGGAGAUUCAGUGCACCGACAAGGACGAUGGCACACUCAACAUCUCCUACAAGCCCACCGAGCCGGGCUACUAUAUUGUGAAUCUGAAGUUUGCCGAUCACCAUGUGGAGGGCUCACCCUUUACCGUUAAGGUCGCUGGCGAGGGCAGCAACCGCAAGCGCGAGAAGAUUCAGCGCGAGCGCGACGCUGUGCCCAUCACUGAAAUUGGCAGCCAGUGCAAGCUCACGUUCAAGAUGCCUGGCAUUACAUCCUUUGAUCUGGCCGCCUGCGUUACAUCGCCCAGCAAUGUGACUGAGGAUGCGGAGAUACAAGAGGUGGAGGAUGGUCUCUACUCGGUGCACUUUGUGCCCAAGGAGCUGGGCGUGCACACUGUGUCAGUGCGUUACUCUGAGAUGCAUAUACCUGGCUCGCCCUUCCAGUUCACAGUGGGUCCGCUGCGCGAUUCGGGCAGCCAUUUAGUCAAGGCAGGCGGCUCUGGCUUGGAGCGCGGCGUUGUAGGCGAAGCAGCUGAGUUCAAUGUCUGGACGCGUGAGGCUGGCGGCGGCUCGUUGGCCAUUUCGGUUGAAGGCCCCAGCAAGGCAGAUAUUGAGUUUAAGGACCGCAAGGACGGCAGCUGCGAUGUCAGCUACAAGGUCAGCGAGCCCGGCGAGUAUCGUGUGGGCUUGAAGUUCAACGAUCGCCACAUACCCGACUCGCCCUUCAAGGUCUACAUCUCGCCCGAUGCUGGCGAUGCGCACAAACUGGAAGUGCAGCAGUUCCCACAGGGCAACAUACAAGCCGACGCGCCCUAUCAGUUUAUGGUGCGCAAGAACGGCGCCAAGGGCGAGCUGGAUGCCAAGAUUGUCGCGCCCUCGGGCACCGAUGAUGAUUGCUUCAUUCAAGUAAUCGACGGCGAAAUGUACUCGGUGCGCUUCUAUCCACGUGAGAAUGGCAUUCAUGCCAUUCACGUCAAGUUCAACGGCGUGCACAUACCCGACUCGCCAUUCAGAAUCAAGGUCGGCAAGGAUGUGGCCGAUCCAGCAGCUGUGCACGCCACUGGCGCCGGCUUGGAUGAUAUCAAAACGGGACACAAGACCGACUUUAUUAUCAACACUUGCAAUGCUGGCGUUGGCACAUUGGCCGUCUCCAUCGAUGGCCCCUCCAAGGUGGCCAUGGACUGCACCGAGGUCGAGGAGGGCUACAAGGUGCGCUAUACACCGCUGCUGCCCGGCGAGCACUACAUCACCGUCAAAUACAACAACAUGCACAUUGUGGGCUCACCGUUCAAGGUGCAUGCCACUGGCGACAAGCUGGCCGAUGAGGGUGCACAAGAGACAUCCACCGUUGUGGUGGAGACAGUGCAAAAGGUGGCCAAGGGCGGCAAGAAUACGGGCGUGCAUUUGCCCACAUUCAAGUCCGAUGCCAGCAAGGUGGUGUCCAAGGGCAUGGGAUUGAAGAAGGCGUACAUUGGCAAGCAGAAUCAGUUCAGCAUCUGCGCCACAGAUGCAGGCAACAACAUACUCUAUGUAGGCAUGUAUGGACCCAAGGGACCCUGCGAGGAGUUCCACGUCAAGCACGCUGGCCACAACAACUACAAUUGUCAGUAUGUGGUACGCGAUCGCGGCCAGUAUGUGCUCCUUAUCAAAUGGGGCGAAGACCAUAUACCCGGCUCCCCAUUCCAGAUUGAUGUUUAGGCCAAUCAAUCGAUCAAUCAUAAAUUAUGCAUACAUUAGCUUACUUUACCGCCCUCUGGCGGUGCUAUACGUGAACUAAACGUUUUGUCUCUGUCUCCAGCGUCGCGUCGAGUUCUCUGUGUGUGUUUUGCUUCAUUGAUUUGUCUUUGUUUUAAUUUUAACUCUUUUGCCUAUCAUUAUUACAUAAGUGAUUAUUAUUUUUUUGUUAUUUGUACAUACGUAUAAAGGGAAGAAAACAUGAACAAGUAAUGUUUUGUUUUUCCUACUUGAGAAAGUUUAUGCGCCAUUUUUUCGCCACUGAAUCGAUUUGUUUUUCUUUUUUUCUGUGUGAAUAAUUAAAAGCUAAAUAUAUUUUAAAUGCAU